UGGCAGGCGGGGAGACUCAUGGCGCAUGUUCGGUGCCCUUUGUGUCCCGGGCUGGCGGGCGGCUGGCUGGCUCGCUGAAGGCCUGGCCGCUCUGACUGCCGCACCGUCCACGACUCGGGGCCCACUGAGAGGAGAGGGGCCGGGGGCAGCUCCGCCAUGGUGAAGAAGCGGAAAGGCCGGGUCCUCAUUGACUCUGACACCGAAGACAGUGGCAGCGAAGAGAACCUGGACCAGGAACUCCUGUCAUUGGCUAAGCGGAAACGCAGUGACUCUGAGGAAAAGGAAGCACCUGCUAAUAAGCCAACAGCAUCAUCAGACUCGGAGACUUCAGACAGUGAUGAUGAGUGGACAGUUGGAGGUUCUAAAAACAAAAAGAAAGGAAAAACAGGGAAAGCAGAGAAGAAAGGAGCCAUGAAGAAACAGAUGAACAAAGCAGCUUCCUCCGGCAGCUCUGAUAAAGAAAGUUCUGCAGAGAGCUCUGCACCUGAAGAAGGUGAAGUGUCUGACUCUGAAAGCAACAGCUCCUGUUCCAGCUCAGACUCAGAUUCAUCAUCUGAAGAUGAGUUCACUGAUGGCUAUGGGGAGGACUUCAUGGGUGAUGAGGAGGACAGGGCUCGGCUAGAACAGAUGACAGAAAAGGAGAGGGAGCAGGAGUUAUUCAACCGGAUAGAGAAGAGAGAGGUGCUCAAAAGAAGGUUUGAAAUAAAGAAGAAAUUAAAGACAGCAAAAAAGAAAGAAAAGAAAGAGAAAAAGAAAAAACAAGAAGAAGAACAGGAGAAGAAAAAGCUCACCCAGAUCCAAGAAUCCCAGGUAAUGUCACACAAUAAAGAGAGACGGUCAAAGCGAGAUGAAAAAUUGGAUAAGAAGUCCCAAGCGAUGGAAGAACUGAAAGCAGAACGAGAGAAAAGAAAGAAUAGAACAGCUGAGUUGCUUGCAAAAAAGCAACCAUUAAAAACCAGUGAAGUAUACUCAGAUGAUGAGGAGGAGGAAGAGGAUGAUAAGUCUAGUGAGAAGACUGAUCGGUCAUCCAGGUCUUCAUCUUCUGAUGAGGAAGAAGAAAAAGAAGAAAUCCCCCCCAAAUCACAACCAGUGUCCUUGCCUGAAGAAUUGAAUCGGGUUCGAUUAUCUCGACACAAACUGGAGCGUUGGUGUCACAUGCCUUUCUUUGCCAAAACGGUCACAGGCUGCUUUGUGCGCAUUGGCAUAGGAAACCACAAUAGCAAACCAGUCUACAGGGUGGCAGAAAUAACUGGUGUUGUAGAAACGGCAAAGGUUUAUCAGCUUGGGGGUACUAGGACAAAUAAAGGGCUGCAACUAAGGCAUGGCAGUGAUCAGCGUGUGUUUCGUUUAGAGUUUGUCUCCAAUCAAGAAUUUACAGAGAGCGAGUUCAUGAAAUGGAAGGAAGCUAUGUUCUCUGCUGGGAUGCAGUUACCAACACUAGAUGAAGUAAACAGAAAGGAAGUGUCUAUCAAAGAAGCCCUUAACUAUAAAUUUAAUGACCAGGACAUUGAGGAGAUUGUAAAAGAGAAAGAGAGGUUCCGGAAAGCACCACCAAACUAUGCCAUGAAGAAAACACAACUGUUAAAAGAGAAGGCUAUGGCAGAAGAUAUGGGAGACCAGGACAGGGCAAAGCAGAUACAAGAUCAGCUUAAUGAGCUGGAGGAAAGAGCAGAGGCCUUGGAUCGCCAGAGGACAAAAAAUAUUUCAGCCAUCAGUUAUAUUAAUCAGAGGAAUAGAGAAUGGAACAUUGUGGAAUCUGAAAAGGCUUUAGUGGCUGAAAGCCACAGUAUGAAAAACCAGCAGAUGGACCCCUUUACUAGGCGGCAAUGCAAACCCACAAUAGUCUCCAAUUCCAGAGAUCCUGCCGUCCAAGCUGCUAUUCUUGCCCAACUAAAUGCAAAAUAUGGAUCCGGUGUAUUGCCAGAUGCUCCAAAGGACAUUAACAAGAGUCAGGGAAAAGACAAAGAUAUGAAUUCAAAAUCAGCUAGUGAUCUCUCAGAGGAUCUUUUCAAAGUGCAUGAUUUUGAUGUGAAGAUUGAUCUCCAGGUUCCAAGCUCAGAGUCCAAAACACUGGCCAUCACCUCCAAGGCUCCCCCAGCAAAAGAUGGUGCCCCUCGGAGAUCACUGAACCUGGAGGACUACAAGAAAAGACGGGGGCUUAUUUGAGCAAACCCACUCCGCUGCUUCUGAUCUUGCAUGCUACACCCUUUAUUUUCUUCCCUCCCUCUUCAGUUUGCCCUUCUGGGUUGGAGCAGCACCAGAGCUGGGAAGAGACUCUUUAAAAUUGCCAGCCAUCUGUAAUAUAAACCAUUGACUCUUUACUGUAUAGACCUCCCUUCUUGCCCAUUCUUCCUGCCACCUACAAAUAUGGAUCCGUGCUAUUUUUAGUUUUUUGUUUUUUUAAAGUUUUUUUUUUUAAAUACAGCUGGUUGGCUGACUGUAAGUAUUCAGUGUUAACCUGGAGUCUGGAUUUCUGCAGGAAUCUCUUGGAGGCAGAAGCAGUGUUAGCACUUGGCUGUCUCACCACCACAGGCAAGGAAAACUAAAACAGUGGCACAAGACCUCUCGAGGCUUGAAGGUCACUUGCACUUUUCCCUCUCCUUCCCCCUUGCUCCUAGCUUUGGAGAAGGGCAUCUCUACAAACUGGUUUAGGUUGGAAGUGUACAUUUUUGUGGGGGUGGGUGGGUUGUGCGAAUUUUUUCCAGGUAGUUUUUUUAUCAUUUUUAAACCUGCAGUACUAUUUGUAUCUGUCUGUCACAGUUCUUUACAGCUGUCUUGAAUUUCUACCAGCUGCACUUGAGCAUCCAGAACAGCAGGGCCAAUUUAGUAAAUGUGAUUUUUUUUAAACAAACAGAAAGCCUGGCUGACAAUAGUUGUGUAACUUUACACCUCUAUUUCUUCACACAGACUUAUAAAAAUUCCUUCCUUUCUUUCCCUGCAUCUCAUUUUGUAAAGCAGCAGUAAUACACGUGCCCUUGAAUUACCUGUCCCAGGUGGAUGGGGCAGUUCAUCUUCCUUGACUGUUCCUUGGACCUCUCUUUGUCACCAAAUCCAUAUACUCAUCCAGCCUCUGUUUUGCCUCAUCUUUUCCAGACCAGAAAUCUUUCAUUUGCUUCCUGUUAAAUUCUUUUAUCUUGUUUUGCAGAAUGGGAAGGAUACAGUAGAAAUGAGAGUAGGAAAAUAUAAGAGGGCAGUUAUUUGACCUAUAUGUAACUGGUACAACAUGUGCAGCGGAAUUCUAGCACAAGGAUUGUAUGUAUGGAAUGUCUGAAUAGGAACAAGAUGACUGCUUGAUAAUCACUCAGGUGUAAAGAUCGAAGUGUAAAUAAAUGAUGUUUUAUCAAAGAGCUCUUCAAAAUGAACUACAGUGAAUUAUAUGGAACUACAUACAAUGAUACACACUGGUGAUCUGACAGGUCACACUAGGCUAGUGCUGGAAAGUGCCCUUCAGUAAGGAUGCUUUCCUGACCCUGGGUUUCAAGGAGAAAUCCUAACGUGUGAAGCAUUUGUAAGCAGGCCCAGCAAAUUUUUGCUUACAUUUGGAUAGAAAUUUGAAUCUUGUGGCUAUGAUCUGUGGGGUCCUUAUUGAUGCUUUAAUCUAUCUUCUUAAUUCCUUAUUUAAGACUAGGAAGACAUGCUACUGUGUAAAACCUGAUGAAAUGAAGAGAGGGGAAAUCCCAGAACCCUCCUCUUGAAGCAGUUCUUGUCAAGUCGUGUAAACUGUGUGGCUUUAUUUACUAGAUAGUCCAUAGCUUUGCGGACUAUUGUGUAAAUAUGUAAUCAUUCUUUUUUUCCUAGCGACUUUUCUCACAGUCUUGUGGGUUCUUAUUUACAUGUUUGCUUCUAACUUUUUUAAAAAGCAGAUUUCUAGAAUCUGCCAAUGUAUAGCUGUUUGGGAGCCAUCAUGAUACUCUAUGUAGAUAUGUAUCUGUAUCACUUGAUUUUGCCAGCAAUAUCAUUGUAGUUACCAGUCUCCCCAAUACCAACAUUUCUGAUGUAGAAAAACAACUGCAAAAGGAUGCGGGGUUUUGAUUGCCCACCAGUUUCUACAAAGCUAUAACAUAUGAGCAAGAAAAGAGCAAGCAAAGGUUAAAAUUAUUUUCUUAUUAUUCCACCUACUUAUAUCAUGGCAGUCCACAACAGACCUUUGCAACAGAGGUACACCUCCCAACACUGGGCUUCAUAAUCAAAGAACUGAUGACAUCCCUGAGCUGUAAAUAAUGCAUCAGUUUUCCCCUUUCUGAUUGGGUUAGGGGAGUUGAUUGGAUCAAACAGGGGAACUCUGUAUUUAGGAUGCAAAAGUAAAUGAGGUAGUUGUCCUCAUGCAGCCCUGUUUACCAAACUCAGAAAGAAGAAAUCCUGCUUUUCACAGAGGUAGUAGGUGCCGAGUCCUUGUACACCACCUGUUUUUUCACUGAGAAUGCAUUGAGGGAGUAACUCUUCUCAAAUAGCUAUGGAACUAAUUGUGUAUGAAGGUGUAAUGUUUUCUCCUCUUUAAGUGCAUGUGACAGUGAGUGACGACAACACGGGCUCAUUGGGAGGGAUGGGUUUAUUUGCUUUAAUUCAUUGAUGUCUCUGCAGCAUUCGUUACAAAUGUAUAGACUUCUAUAAAUAAACUUUGGUUGGUUUUAAUAAA